UAGAAGUGGGUGUAUCAUCACCGUUCCAAGGCGAACUCAUGUGCAACUGUUUUGCAGGAAGUUGAUGCAAGUCUGAACAUUGCUGUCAAGACACGAAUUUGUCGAUUUAAUCCACCAAAGAUGAGUUCCACAGAUACCAAUGCCGAGAGCGACGACCCUGUCCCCAAGGGGGCCAGACUGAGCCGGGUCGCAAACCUGGACACCAUCCCCCCAGACACCCUCAGUGAGGUAGAAGAGUGUCUGCAGCCUUUCCGUCUCUCUUUGGAGAAGCUGCAGGACGUGUCAUCUCGCCUGAGGAAGGACCUGAUCAGAGGGCUGGGCAAACACACACACUGCCGGGCACCCGUCAAGAUGCUGCCCACCUUUGUGAGGGCAACACCUGAUGGGAGAGAGAAGGGGGACUUCCUGGCUCUAGACCUGGGCGGGACUAACUUCCGGGUGCUGCAUGUCCGUGUGGUGGAGGAGAUGCAGAAGCUCCUGAAGAUGGACAGUAAGAUCUGUGCCAUCCCCCAGGAGAUCAUGCUGGGGACGGGAGAACAGUUGUUUGACCACAUCGCUGCAUGCCUGGCUGAGUUCCUGGAGUCUCUGGACCUGAAGGAUCAGACUCUGCCCCUAGGCUUCACCUUCUCCUUCCCCUGCGAGCAGAAAGAUAUCGACAAGAGCCUCCUGAUCCACUGGACCAAAGGCUUUAACUGUUCCGGAGUGGUAGGAGAGGACGUUGUGAGGUUACUGAGAGAAGCCAUCCACAGGAGAGGGGAUUAUGACAUUGGUUCCGUUGCCAUGGUGAACGACACGGUGGGGACCAUGAUGAGCUGUGGAUACAGGGACCAGAGCUGUGAAAUUGGCAUGAUCAUUGGGACGGGGACGAAUGCAUGUUACAUGGAGGAGAUCAAAAACGUGAAGAGAGUAGAGGGGGAAGACGGCCGCAUGUGCAUCAACACAGAGUGGGGGGGAUUUGGAGACGACGGAUCCCUAAAGGACAUCCAGACUGAGUUUGACCUGGUGGUGGAUCGAGACUCACUCAACCCAGGCGUGCAUGUCUUUGAGAAGAUGAUCAGUGGGAUGUACCUGGGAGAGAUAGCCAGGCUGGUGUUGGUGAAGCUGGCUCGGGACAAGCUACUGUUUGGAGGAGAUCUAUCAGUGGCCUUGCUCACACAGGACAGCUUUGAGACCAGAUUCAUCUCCGAGAUAGAGGAGGAGAACACAGGACUGCAGAAGGCCCAGGAGAUUCUGUCAAAGCUAGACCUGCCUGCCGGGCCUGUGGACUGUCAGAUUGUGCGUCUGGUGUGUGACUCUCUCUCCACACGCUCGGCCCAGUUGUGUGCCACUGCCUUGGCAACCAUUGCCAACCGUAUCCGUGUCAACCGUGGACUGGACCAUCUAAGCACCACAGUGGGGGUGGACGGCACAGUAUACAAGAAACACCCCAACUUCAGUGAGAAGCUCCAGGAGACCGUACGCAUCCUGGCCCCCAAGUGUGAUAUCACUUUCCUCGUCUCCGACGACGGCAGCGGGAAGGGAGCUGCCAUGGUAACGGCAGUGGCACAGAGGCUGGCCAUGCAGUCCCGGAUACUAGAGGACAUCGAUGGAGAGGAGGAAGAGGAUGAAGAAAAUUAAGCCAUGUAUUCGACCAGACAACUUGAAAUGCAGUACCAUGAAAAUGUCCCCCUCAAAUGCUUUUGUCAUAGACAAAGAUUGUAAGGUAGGGGAGACCAGGGAACAAAGUAGGAAAUAGUCUACUUUUAGUCUUUAGCUUAUUUGUGAAAAUAUUAUUUGAGUUAGAUUUAUCAUAUUUUUAUGCAAACAUAGUACAGUCGGAAAGUAUUCAAACGCCUUAACUUUUUCCAGAUUUUGUUGUGUUACAGCCUCAUUCUAAAAUUGAUUAAAUACCCCAUAAGUACAAAGUCAAAACAGGUUUUUAAAAUGUUUGCAAAUGUAUUCAAACAAAAAAA